ACUCUGGCUGGUUGUUGCGGAAAGAUUGACUAACUUUGUGUUUUGAUGAUGGAAAUUUUUUCAACUGAUUGUCCAUAAUGUAACUUUAAGCCAUUUUCUGAUUUAAAAAAGGCUCGGAAACUUUUUAAGAAUGAGAUUUUACAAUGAUUAUACAUCUAAAGUUGCUUCAGUGGUUUCUUUUCAAUCAUUUUAGGAAUGGUUAAUAGUAAGGUUAUUGUUCUAGGGCUAUUCAUUGCUCUUCCCUCUCUCUAUCUGAUUUAUUUGGAGUAAAGAAGAAAUAGGCUUAGUGUACUUUUUUUGGGGAAUUGUUGAUCAUGUGCUUUUUUCAUAUGGAUAUGAAGGUUUAAGGAUAAAGGAGUGUGAUCUCUUGAAGUGGUAGAUGAUAAAAGGGGGAUGGGUUCUAGAUGCAAAAAAGAUCGUAAGCUGACUGGAAACUAUUUGGUUUGUAUGUUCCAUGCCAUCUUUUGGAUUACUUUUUCAGCCUGAUUUGUUCUCUUUAAAGCAUCAACAAGUAUUUUAGGGAAGGAGCGGGCAAAGGUUUUGAUGGAUGGAAAAAGUAGGCAAAGGUUUUGACGAAUGGAGAAGACCUUUUAAUUCUUCUGGGGUUAGGAUGGAAUGUGAGGAGCACAUGGUCUAUCACUUGAAAGACAAUGAUACCAACUGGAGAAGUAUCCUUGAUUUUCCCCUAUUUCCCAGUGGGUCGAGUCCACCGUUUAUUAAAGGAACGGGUUGCUGCAAAUGGAAGGGUUGGAGCCACAGCUGCUGUUUAUUCAGCAGCCAUUUUGGAAUAUCUGACAGCUGAAGUUCUGGAGUUGGCGGGAAACGCUAGCAAGGAUUUGAAGGUGAAACGUAUCGCACCUAGGCAUCUGCAGCUUGCAAUUCGAGGAGAUGAGGAACUUGACACCCUCAUCAAAGGAACUAUAGCUGGUGGUGGAGUCAUCCCACACAUUCACAAAUCCCUCAUCAACAAGUCCUCCAAAGAGUAGUUUGUAAUGUUACCUUCUCAGCUUUGCUGUGUUUGUCCUUUAGAGGUUAGAUGGGACAGAUUUGAAUGAGGAACGAUGACAAAGAUUGAAUUUGAGAAAUUAGCAUUCAUCCUUUCAUGUAGUGACAAAAUGGUGAUAUGUUUGCUUUCCAUUGUCAGUUAGUGUUAAAGUUUGAAAUAAGGAUAGAAAAAGUAGCCGUACCGUAGAAUUGUGUUGAUUGUUGAGUACUUGUCACCUGAUUGGUGAAAUGUCUCUCAGAUAGUGUUUUGAUGGUUUUUGUUUAAAGAGUUAUGUUUGAUGCUUAGAUUCA